AUGCCGGUUCCACCAUUUAUGGGACCUCCACCAUUCCAAUAUGGCACAGUACCGUCAUAUCCCCACUCCUACAAUGACCAAUAUAGCACCCGCCCACCUAAUCACCCUAGAUUUAUUGAGCACGACAACAGCUAUCGUCGCCGCAACCCCGAACAUGACUACCCAGCACCCCAGCACCAAGAUCACCAUGCAACCACUACCAACCCAAGUAGUGAUGGACCGGAUAUCCCUGCAUCCCAAUUCCCUGCUCUCGAGGAAUGGCUGACUCAGCUUGAUUCAGAUAGGCAUAAGUUCCCUCAAACACGCAACUUUCAACGGUAUAUUCUUCCCCUUGAUGACAUCGGAAUUGACCGACUUGAUGUGCUAUUCGAGUCAUGCAAAGAAAACCGGGCAGAGGGCCUGGUGAAGCUAGGUCUUGGCAUCCCAUUUGGGCAUGCCGUAGAACUCUACAAUGCAAUGGAGAAGGAGAUAAAACACAUUCGGAAGAGAUCUUAUAUGUGA